AUGGGGUUAUGGGCAUGCAUAGGAGUGAUAUCGCCAUUUCCAUUUUACUACUUUCUCUGGAACAACCCUCAAAGAUGGGUCGAUCUGUGCGGGCCCCGCCGUGACCCGACCCGAAUCAUGGCUUUCGUUUCGCAUCUUCUCAAAAUCGUCCAGUUCAUAUCACUCUUUUCCGUCGCCAAGCUUUCAUGGCCGCCUCCUUUCUACUUCUACCCUCUCUUCCUCUUCGGCCAAUUUCUCAAUUUCAGGGUCUAUCAGCUGCUGGGGGAGUCUGGAACUUACUAUGGUGUUCGUUUUGGGAAAACCAUCCCUUGGGUAAAUGAAUUUCCGUUUGGAGUAAUUAAGGAUCCUCAGUACGUCGGGAGCAUUUUGUGUCUUGUUGCUUGUCUUAAUUGGGUGCCGCUUUUGUACAUUGUCCUGUGGGUUCUUGGCUAUGUAUUUAUGAUAAAGGUGGAGUCCAAGGAAGACCCAUCAACUCGCGCAAAACCGCUCUGCUGA